GAAUAGCACUCCGACGAGUUAAGUUCAAAUUAUUUGACUUACAAGCCUUCUUUCUGAUCCUCCUCGACAAACCGACGACUAAAUUAAAAAUCCCCGUAAAACAAUUAAAAAAAAUAGUAAAAGGAACGAAAAAACAGUUGUUGCUAUAGAAAUAGAUCAGAGAUUAUACAAUUAAUCUAUCGUUAAUAUUUCUGUGCAUCAGCUAAAUAUUGUGUGCUAUAAAUAUCAGUCCUCGUAUUAUUUAUAUAACCGCUUUUUGUGUGUUUAUUCUCCUCCUAUUUGCACUAUCACGCGUGUACAUCUUUUAUAAUUGAAUGCCACAACACCCCUGAUUAAUUGACAUCGCUCCUGGGCGAUGACAUCCUGAAGGACUUCCCAAAAUUAUCCCAAAGAGAGUAACUGAGGAGUUUGUGGACAAAAAAUACACAACCGAAGGAUAAGAGAGUAACAAGAAUUAAGGUGUCCACACAGAACGUGCGCGGAUCUAUAAAUAUCCAAAGAGGUCGCAUUUUUCGCGCGUUUUACACGAAGAAAGUCGCGACGUGCACAUUUAAAACAUUUUACCGUGACAUUGAGGCGCGCGCGCCGCUCGACUCUUCUCGUUUUCGCCAGAGAAGAGAUAAAAUAAAAUUGUAAAGAAAAAUACUCAGUCUUCCGCGAGUGAGGCAGAGAUUUUGGGGUGGAAGAGCGAAAACCGCUUUAUCCAAUUCACCAAUGCGUGAAGAAUGCACCAACAAAUCACGACAAUGAGUUGCAUCUGAACUGGGUUAAUUGAUUCCGCAAAGUGUGAUUUCCAAGAGUGAAUUUGCUGUAGGAUCGAAAAAGAACUGCCAUCGAAGCCAAGACAUGGCUCACGUGUCGUCAGCAACACAGAUGCGAGGGGACACACAGAGUCUGGGACCCAAGAAGACCUUCUUCGUGUUGGUCACUGUCGUUGGGUGCAUCGCCAUCCUCUGGCCGAAGGUAUUCUACCCGAUGCUGAUGGGUGGCGGGCAGGAGAAGCUGCCCAUGAAUGACUACAGGGGAUCAGGAUGCUGUGAUGUGGUAUUAGACUCAGAUGAAUUUGCAAACGUCUCCUCCACCCUCGCGACCAUGGAACACCCCAAAAUCUUUCGAAAGAGCAUCAAUCUGUUCACGGGGGAAAUUAGCAUCAGGCAAGAGAGGCCUCCGCAUAUGCGUCCUGACACCGUGCAUCCGGCUAUGAGGGAGCGAGGCAGAGCAAUACCCUCCACGCAAACCGUUCCAAUUAUAGAGAAGAGUGCUCCAAGUGCACCUGGAUCGUCAUCAUCGACUCGUGUGGUUGAUGGGCGGCCACGGCCCAUGCCCAAUUUGCCACGGCCGCCCAUGGGAGCCGGAUCAGUCCAUCAGGCCACUGGACAGAAGUCAACCAACACAAUGGGCUUCGUGAUGCCUCUGUACACCAUUGGGAUUGUCUCCUUCUUCAUCUACACGCUGAUGAAGAUUGUCAUGAAGAAGAACAAUGACUCACCCUAUCCAGUCCCAGAAAAGGAGAGUCCCAGCUUCGUCAGCACUGUCUUUGGGUAUAAACGGCCUGACAAUGGAACAUCAUCAAAACUGGGAUGGAAAGAGCAUGAAGCAAAAGUCAAUACGACGCCCAGACCGAAUGCCUUCGCUUCCUCCUCGGACAAGGAGAAUGAACAACUAAUGGAGAUCACUCUGUUGAGGAAGAAGUUGAAGGAGACGGAGAGUGCAAUGGCCAAUAUCAUUGCAGAGUUGGGAAAGGUGUCCGCAAAGAAGGGCGGAGAUCAGAAUUCAACAGAUGUUUAUCAGCAGAAUGGGCAAGUGAAGCCAGCAACAGAGGAAGCACUGGCCAAUGGACACGUGAAUGAGGUGGAGGUGCCCGAAGAGGAGACCACAAAGCGGAAAAAACGCGAUCUCAGCAGUGAAAGGGCGACUGUUAAGGUUUUGGGCAUGGAAAUGACUGCUAGUUGCGAGGGAGGACACAAGUGGAGUGGCCGCCCUCCGACGCCGAAUUUCACUGCACAAAUUCGACCACAUUCCCCAGCGGAGGAUGCGGAGGACAAGCCAGAGCCGCAGAGCAUCUUCUUGGAGGGAGCUUUGCCUCAUGAGUCGCAAAUCUUGGUGGCGGACGCCGCUGUAACUGAGGAGAAUGUCGAGACAGAGGACGAAGAUGAAGGAGCAAUAGUUCUUAGCAGCAAGAUGACCCUCUCUCUGAUCAGUCUAGAUCCGCCAGAAGUGAAAGAUGAAUCUGAGGACAAAGAGAAUCAAAAGCCAGAGGAAGACACCGCGGAGAAGGAGGGAGAGAAAGAGUUACCAAAACAGGAAGAUGAAUAGAAACAACAUAGAAGAGAUUUUGCCAUGCAGAAAAAUUUGAUAUAGAAUUUUAAGUAUAAAAAUUAAUAAUUAGAGAAGAAAAGAGUUUCAUGUAAAAAAAAUUGACUGAUAAGUUGAAAUUUCGUGGCCAAAUGGAUUCACUCAGCAGUUGAAGGAAUUUAGUGAUUAUUGUUAACUUUAGUGUGAGUCUAUUUUGUAAAUAAUGCAAGAAGGAAAAUGUUUAUUGCAUUUUUUCAUUAGGUGAUCUUUUGAGAAAUGGAACUACUCGAUAACUUGCUGAAUUCUUGCUUCUUGUUUCAAUUACUAGAACAUAACGUCAUUGUGAACAUCCAAUUUGCUCAAUAGAUAAACAUAGAAAGAAUAAAAGAAAUAAAAUGAAA